AUGGGUACCUUAUUCCUCAUAGAAUAUCAUGCUGAAAAAGGCGCUAGCUCUAUGUUAGCUAUGAUAUUCCGAACAUUAAGAAAGAAACAGAACUCCAAAUGGCACAUGAACAAGGAAAACUUGGAUAUUUGA